AUGGAGCAUUUCAGAGAGCUCUUGACUCGCGUACGAGCCAGGUACAACCAAGACGAAAAGGACCUCUCAGACAACGUACAGGCAUUCCUGACCUGCUACAAACGACAGGCCCAAGAAUCGCACCAGAUGCGCGAGCUGAUCCUCAGCCAAGCUCGAGCAGUCGAUCCCAACAUCGAAGAAGAACUGCGGAGAGAUCCGCAAUACGUGCUGGAGACACCAAUCUCCAUCCUCCUGGAAGGCGCCUGCCUGGAGCUGGCACACGAGCCGCAAGUCGUGGACGAAACACCCCUCUACCCCGAGCCGACAAACAUCUGGCCGACACCCCUAAAAUCUAUCAGGCCCUCAGAUGUCUCUAAGAAGAGCCUGGAUGUCAUGCGAAAGGUUUCCGCAGGAAGCCGAUAG